AUGGCAGGUGCGGAUCUAGAGAUGGCAAUGAAGAGACCUACAAUGGACAGAAUGUUGGCUUCGACGUCACAAAGAAAUGAUGAUGGUUUGCGGGCGUCUUACAAUAUCUCGUUACUUAUAGCAAAAUCCGGAAAACCGCAUAUUAUCGGAGAGAAGUUAAUUUUUCCAGCCGUUGAAGAGGUUUUAAAAAGGGUUUUACACAAACCUGCACCUGAUAUCAUUAAAAGAAUUCCCUUAAGCAACAAUACUGUUGAAAGACGUAUUGAUGAAAUGAGUUCUGAUAUUGAAAGCUUCUUAUGUAAUUAUUUGCAAACGACCCAUUUCUCUAUACAACUGGACGAGUGA